GUUCAACGGGUGUAAUAACCUCUCUCUCGUCCUUUCUCGGAUCACCACAAAUCCCUUUUAUUCCCUUCUCCCAUUUCAACCCCAUUUAUCUCCUCCAUUCUCAUCCACUUGAAAUCCUGUUUUUUUUCCUCUAAACUUUCAACAAAAAACACUUCAAUUACGAAGCCCUCAAUCCAAUAAAACUUCUUUCUUGUUCUUUUCCUCCCACAUUUCACAUUUCUUGGAUUUUCUUGGAAUACUAGACAAAACCCACCUUUCAAGAUCCCCCCUACAACUCAUCCCCUUCUGUUUUUGUUUUUUCCUGGGGCUUUCUUGGCCUUAAUAUUGCGAAUUACGAGGUGGUGUUCUUGACGAUUUGACCUUUUGCGAAAAAGAAAAGGUAAAUCUUUGAUGUGGGCAAGAGUCGAUUCGUGUGUUUGACGUUUGGAGCUGAUUGUAGUUCCACAAAAAUGGGGUUUGAAGAAAAGAAGGAAGGAGAGAAGAGUGGACAUGAAGAGAGUGGUGAUGAGAAAGAAAGUCAUGGUAAUAUGAAGAGGGUCGAAAGUGAGCCCUCUUUGUGUGAAACAGAGGAUGAAGGUGAAGACGCAGAAGGUAAUAAAAUUCAAGUGGGUCCUCAAUGCACUCUCAAAGAACAAUUUGAAAAAGAUAAGGAUGAUGAGAGCUUGAGGAAAUGGAAGGAACAACUUCUUGGAAAUGUUGAUAUUAAUGAUGUUGGAGAAUCACUAGAACCAGAAGUGAAGAUUCUUAGCCUUUCGAUCGUGUCACCAGGGAGAUCAGACAUUGUUCUUCCGAUACCUGAAAAUGGGAAACCAGAAGGCCGAUGGUUUACUCUUAAAGAAGGCUGUCGUUAUAGCCUCAGGUUCUCCUUUCAAGUCAGCCAUAACAUUGUUUUAGGCCUCAAAUACACCAACUUUGUUUGGAAAACCGGUGUCAAAGUGGAUAGCACAAGACAAAUGCUUGGAACGUUUAGUCCUCAAAAUGAAGCCUACACUUAUGAGAUGCCUGAAGAGACUACUCCUUCUGGGUAUUUUGCUAGAGGAUCAUAUUCUGCUAAAUCUAAGUUUGUGGACGAUGACAACAAGUGCUACUUGGAGAUCAGCUAUUCGUUUGACAUCCGAAAGGAUUGGGCAACUGUUGAAUAGACAAAAAGACUUCUGUUUUCAAGAUUCAUAGUCUAUUGGGGUUUCCCGGAAUCAGUUUUGCUUUUGAAUGUGAUAGACACUUUUGAAGACAUGAUUGUCCAAAUGUGAGCGGGACUGAGAUUGUAAAUAUGUAAUAUGCUAGUAAGUAAAUUAGUCAUUUAGUGGCAAAAGUGUAAAAUAAGGAACUUCAGGAGUUAUCAUGUAUAUUGUCUAGAGAGUGAG